AUGACGCGUUUCGCCGGGACCAAGUUCUCGGACAUGCUGCUGUACGCGCGCGAGCAAACCACGAUGCAUCUCGCUGCAAGGCACAGAGGUGAGCGGCUCUUGUUACCGCUGCUGUUGUUGUUCUCCAAAUGUUUGGCUGAUGGCUUGUACGGCAUUGAGGUGAAGAGCAAGUCGAAGUCGUUCAUGCUGUGCACUCCCAACGAGACGGAGCAGCGGAAAUGGGUCGAUGCCAUCACAGAUGCUGUUGCGAAGGACCGCGAGACCCGCCACAGCCGCCUCCCCUCAAAGCACAGACGAAACACGGAAAAGCAGGCUCGCUUUGGCGACACAGCCCCCGUCUGGAUUCCUGACCACGAUGUGAGCAUGUGCCAGACGUGCGCUGCCGAGUUCAACCUGGUUCGCCGCCGCCACCACUGCCGAGCAUGCGGCAAGGUUGUGUGUUCUGCGUGUUCGGGAGAGUCUGUGCCGCUGGCGUAUCUCAACAACGAGCGCGGGCGCGUGUGUCCAGAGUGCUUCGAGAACUACACCAAGACCACGUCCAAGGAAUCAGCAGCGCUCAUGGCGGACCGCAAGCGCUCGCGGCGAAAGCGGACCGUUGACCGUCAGCAGUCCAUGCGCGCCGUCACGUCAUCCAAGCUGCACAGGCCGAUUGAUCUGGAUGACAAGUUCAUUGUCUGCAGCUCUUAUGUCUUUGAACAGGGCAAAUUCCGCAAGCAGCGACGAUGGCUGCUGCUGCGCAGUGAUGGCGUGUUGUUCACCUUCAAAGCACACAGCGGGGAGGGCCAGGAGCAGGAAUAUGGAGUGCGGUUGCACAAACCCUUGCUGAAGGAUUACGUCUUCUUCUGUGAACAAAAGGACCAAGCUGAUAGGUGGCUUGAGGCGUUGACAGCUGCGGUGGAGAGCGAGCUGCCAGAGUGGUUUGACGGGGAGGUGUACUCUGAUGAGCGGGAUGUGGCGACGGAGCCGCUGCAGGAGGAACAAGAAGAAGGUGAAGGCGAAGGCGAAGGUGAUCAACAACAACAAGUGCGACACUUCCAUGUGAAUGACCAAGCAACAGGCAGCCAAGCGUAA